CAGCUGCACACUUCUGUGUCUUCCUCAUCUUCCUCCUCCUCAUCCUUCUCUCUCCCUUCCAGUUUCUCUACACUCGCCGCACUAGCGAGUCACGGCAGACCCACACGUUUUCUGAAAAAGUUUCUGACGUCUCACGUGCUGCAGCUUUCUUCUGCUGCGGCUGCUGCUGCUGCAUUUGCUGGUACUGCUACAGCUGCUGCGGCUGCUGUUGCUGCUGCUCCUACUGCUCCUGCACCCGCUGGUACUGCUACAGCUGCUGCUGCAGCUUCUGCUCCACUUGCUGGGACUGCUGCAGCA